AUGUCGCGAACAAUGGCGGGCGAUAUGGCGAGCCAAUACCAGAUGAUGGAGGAGCUGGGAAGUGGAAGUUUCGGAACGGUGUACAAAGCAAUUGACAAGUCCACGGGAGAAAUUGUUGCGAUUAAACAUAUCGAUCUUGAGUCGAGCGAAGAUGAUAUCCAAGAAAUUCAGCAGGAGAUCUCCGUUCUGGCGACGUGCGCAAGUCCCUACGUUACCCAGUACUACGCAAGUUUCCUUCGAGGGCAUAAACUAUGGAUUGUGAUGGAGUACCUGGGUGGCGGAUCGUGCCUUGACUUGCUCAAACCCGGAGUAUUCAACGAGGCGCACGUUGCUAUUGUCUGUCAACAACUUCUGCAAGGGUUGGACUACUUGCACUGCGAGGGAAAAAUUCAUCGUGACGUCAAAGCGGCCAACGUUCUUCUUUCUCACACCGGCAAGGUCAAGUUGGGAGAUUUCGGAGUUGCGGCACAGUUGACAAACAUCAAAUCGCAACGCAAUACUUUCGUCGGAACCCCAUUCUGGAUGGCCCCGGAAGUCAUUCAACAGGCUGGAUAUGACUAUAAGGCGGAUAUUUGGUCGUUAGGUAUUACAGCAAUGGAGAUGAUCAACGGAGAGCCACCGCAUGCCGCCACUCAUCCGAUGAAGGUUCUAUUCCUGAUCCCGAAGGAGUCAGCCCCCCGGCUGCAGGGCGAUGGAUACAGCAAUGCUUUCAAAGACUUUAUCGCCCAGUGCUUGACCAAGGACCCGGACCGUAGGCCUAGUGCGAAGGAACUUCUGCGACACAAGUUUAUUCGGAACGCCGGCAAGACGGAGGCCUUGCAAGAGCUUAUCCACCGCAAGCAGGACUGGGAUGGUGGACGAGGUGUGUCACGUAACGUGAAGUAUUAUGCGGAAUCUCUAAAUACCAUCACGCAUCUGAAGGACGAUGAUGACUGGGUCUUCGACACCGUCAAAGCACCCACGAUGGUCAUUCGUGAGGACUCCGAUAACUCCGACAGCGGAUCGAUUAUUCACGAUCCUCUAUACGACGAGUCCUCCGAAAUGAUGGAAAACAUACGCAUCUCUAGUCCGCCACCCCAGCCGAAAUAUGCAAACAAUACCGCCGUGCGCCGCGUCCCGGCACCGGAUCGCAGCCCUUCCUUGCGACGACCAAAGCGGCAAUCUAGCGGUGCUAAGCAACCUUUAGGAGUUGAUUUGACGUUCGGGAACAGCCCUUCCACGGUCCGCCAGUUCCGACGCGUAUCUGAUAAAGCUCCGGCGGAAGACUCAUUCUCCUCAUACCAGGUAGCUGGAGACGAGAAUUCGAGUCCUAAGUCCAUAUACUCCGAGAACAACAGCAAAGAGGCUCAAUUAGGCCGUCGAGCAUACGGCAAAGCGGUAGGCCACGCUUGCCAGGAAGUGUUGGGAACCACAGCAGACCAGGAGAAGCGGGAGGCGAUUUCUCGGCUUGCGGAGGCCUGGAGUGAUCUCGAAAUGGCCGACCCCGAGGGCCUAUACCACAUUCUCAGAGCCACAAAUGAGAAACUCUCUAGCGAUCCGAAGCUGUCAGGUCUCGUCCCACAGGCUCCACCACCCGAAUCCCCACAAAAACCACGCCUGGUUCUUGCACAGAACAACCCACACCUGAAAAGCCACCGUCGGCGCCAGUCAUCGGUGGUCGAGCCAAACCCGCAGCCACAGCUCGCCAACCUCCCCAGCCAGCCGGUGCCGGGCAUGGAGCAUAUCAAGCAACUCUCUGAUGUCCUCUACCAACGAUGGUCCGACGGUCUUCGCAACCGAUGGCCCGGAGUAUAA